GAAAUACAACCUCAGUUUGGGGCGCAGUCCUGGCGUGAGCUGGCAACGUACAAGCACACUGUCAUCAUCCAAAUAUUUUAAUAACUUUGACAGUAUUUUGCAUUUGGUGUUCAGAUGUAAUUCUGCGAAUUGUUUUUCUGCAACUUUUACGACAUUUUAAACUUAACUUAGAUUAAUGUCUAACAUAAAAUAUCGGAAUUGAGUUUGGGCAAACUUGCCGGGCGGUCUUCGAUUAUAUCUAUUUACAAAGACUCGGGCCACGAGGGCAGUAAGAUAAUCAGCUGUUGUACUACAAACCUCUUGUCUGAUUGGUUGUAAAACAUUGACUACGUGGACUUGGUAUCUACUUUAACAGUUUAUGCAACUGGGGCGGCUUAGUUGUGGUCUGCUUCUAUUCCCCAAGCGAUUGAUUCACAAGAUGGCCGAGACAGUCAAGGCACAAAAGCCAAAUGUGGUGUUUGUUCUUGGCGGGCCUGGAGCAGGAAAAGGGACACAGUGUGAUAUGAUUGUGAAGGAGUUUGGGUAUGUCCAUUUAUCUGCUGGUGAGCUGUUGAGAGCAGAGAGAAGCAGGCCAGGUUCAAAAUAUGGGGAAGAAAUUGAGAAACACAUUAAAGAUGGAACUAUUGUCCCUGUUGAGAUCACAUGCAGUCUUUUGGAUCAGGAAAUGCAAGCUAGCAGUAAAAACAACUUUCUAAUUGAUGGCUUCCCAAGGAAUGAGAACAAUCUUGAUGGCUGGAAUAGAACCAUGGGAGACAGGACCAAUUUGCAAUUUGUUCUUUUCUUUGAUUGUCCUGAAGAUGUGUGUGUUGAGCGUUGUUUAAACAGAGGGAAGUUAGGCAGUGGAAGAACAGAUGACAAUCCAGCAAGUUUAAAGAAAAGAAUAGAGACAUACACUAAAUCCACCUUACCUAUAAUACAACAUUAUGAGGGUAAGGAUUUAGUCAGACGAGUAGAUGCCUCAGGAACACAAGAAGAAGUAUUUGAAAAGGUUAGAAAAUUUUUCUCAGAGGUGCAGUCUUGAAUGGUUGUCUGUCGGAUAUAACACACAGGGCGCUACUAGAAUGAGGGUGUACCGCAGCUUUAACUCUUUAUGGUCAAUCAUGUUUUCAGGUAUAUAAGAAGUUGAACGUUAUUUAAUUGGAAAUACACUCAGGUGAUGUAAUACACUUCUGUAGUCAUCAAGUUUAUGGGAUUGUUUUACAUCUUCCUUUGCAAUCUUCCUUUGCAUUUUCUUUAGAUGCGGGAAUCUUUUGUAACUGGGUACAUAUGUAGCAUUUAUGUGUUAUCUCUAUACUUCUACUUAUCUGUUUCUUCCAAAACAAUUUGCCAUAUGUGAUGUAUUACUUAGAUGUAUGAUCUGUUAUUUUAUGGGUACAGUAGGAAGCAAUUUAGUUUGGUAGUUUUUUGUUUUAACCUAUCUUUUGAAAGUGAUAAGUUAUCAAGACAUUUUAACACCUUCCCUAUUUAACCUACCCAAUGUUUUUUAAUCAUUUGCACUGUUUUUUGAUGAACAAUUCUUUGCUCCACCAAAGCUUAAGCAAAAAUAUGCUUUUAUUUUUAUUAUUAAUAUGGGAGGCAUAUGGAGUUAGUUUUUUUAAUUGAGACUAUCAGUAAGGCUAAAUAUUUUGUAAAUAUGUUUUUAGGGUAAUAGUUACGUGAUGUGGGAAAUGGUUUAAAAUGACCUCUUGGGUUAAAAUUUUUUUCUAGUUCACCAUGCCUUAAACAUUUGGCAUUAAUGUCACAUCUACUUACCUGUGUCGAUAUUGAGAGUUGUUUCAAAUGAUUGUACAGAGUAGGUUUUAUUGUUUUUAGUUCUCUCAAAGAUUUUAAUUUGCCUGUAGUACAUAUUGCUAGGGCCAAAUGGCUUGGUGCUAAAGAAAGUAAAAAUGUAGUAGCGCAUACUCUAUUAUCUAAUGUAGAAGUAGCUUGAUACUUAAACAAUUCCAUCCAAUAGAUAAAACUGCCAUGAAGUGUUUAUUUGUAACUGGAAGUUCUUAAAAUGUUAUUUUAUAGCUACAUUGAAGGAGCAAAAUGAUUUUUAAGUUUAUUUUAGUUUUAAAGAAAUUUCAGCGAGCUACAGCAGGGUUGUCUUUCCUGUGUCACAUUCUUUCUGCUCAAAACGGAGGAUGUAACAGAACUGCUUUGAACCUCUCAUGCCUUUUAUUUAACAAACAAGAAUAAAAUUAAUCAGCUUGAUUUUUAA